AUGCCGCUGUCUAGCAGCUGGGCCAGCCUCAGCUGGUGGGACCCAUUGUUUCUAGAGAGUUUCCAGCUGCAGGAGCCUCUGAGCUCUCGGGCCAGCUGUGGGUUCUUUGCUGAGUUGGAAGUUUGGAUGCCCCUGCAAAUGCGAGACACAAGCCAAGAACUCCAGAGAGAAAGGAGCCUGCGGAGGACAGUGUUUGGAGAAGGUUCUUGGGAGGCUGUCAGAAUGAGUUUUUCACUGAACUUCAUGCUGCCGGCCAACACGACUACCUCUCCAGUUGUUACAGGUGGGAAAGAAGUGGACUGUGGGCCCUCUAUUGGAUUAGCCGCAGGCAUCCCGUCUCUGGUGGCCACAGCCCUGCUGGUAGCUUUACUGUUUACUCUGAUUCACCGAAGAAGAAGCAGCAGCCGUGAGUCCACUGAGGAAAGUGAGAGGCCAUACGAAAUUUCAGAAAUUGAUGACAAUCCCAAGAUAGCUGAGAAUCCUAGGAGAGCACCCACACAUGAGAAGAAUAUGAUGGGAGCAGAAGAAGCUCACAUAUAUGUGAAGACUGUAUCAGGAGGCGAGGAGAUCAUGCACGACACUUACCGUCCUACUGUGGAGAUGGAGAGAAGGAGGGGAUUGUGGUGGCUUGUGCCCAGACUGAGUCUGGAAUGAUGUAGGUCAAAGAGCAGAACUGGAGCUGGAACAGAGCUGGAAACCCAGGGAUCUGAGCAUGGAGU